AUACACCAAUUCGGCAAUACCGCAUCACUGUCCGCACAAAUCACAUCUCAAUUCACAAUAAUAUUCACAAUUCAUCAUAGCACUAACUGUUAGACAGGAUUAGAAAUUAAAACAAUAGUAAUAUUGUUUUAUUUUCGAAUAUUGAAGUACUCAAGUGUAUGUUGAACCGAACAAUAUCAAUUUUAAGUCUUGAAAAUUUCGACGCGAUUACAUUGUUGUAAGGGUAACCAUAAUUACAAAGAAAAACAACUAUUUACUACCAGAUAGUGGUAGAUACCAGUACGGCAUCCCGUGUCCGUUAACAUAGUAUAUUACAACGAAUUAUAUUAUAAAGAAAAUGGCAUCAUUGAGAACUCUCCAACGUACUUUACGAAAUACCCAGGCUGGUGCCAUAGAUCCAAUGCAAGUAGAUGCACCUCCUGAAGAAAAUGACAACAACGAAGAAGAAUCAUAUGAUGUGGAUAUCGAUUCAUUCGAUCUUGACACAUAUGCCAACAGUUACGUUGGGUUAGCUCGAAUUUACAGGCUGAUGUAUAUAGCUGACCAUUGUCCAAGAUUGCGACCUGAAGCAUUACGAUUAGCCAUUUCACAUGUUAUCACAACAAUGAAUGCUAAUUUGUAUCAAGUGCUACACCAUAAACUUCAACAGUGUCAAGGAAAUAUACUACCAGAUGUUACUGGAGCUAAUCCGGCAGACACAGGACUUCCAGUGUUCAAUGCUAUUUGGGUAGAAACUACAACUCAAAAAUCAGCUAUGAAACUUGAAAAACUAGAUGGAGAUCUUAAGAACUAUAAAAGUAAUUCAAUUAAGGAAAGCAUUCGUCGUGGUCAUAAUGAAAUUGGUGAUCAUUAUGUCAAUUGUGGAGACCUCAUUGAAGCAACUAAAAGUUAUUCUAAGGCUCGAGAUUAUUGUACUAGUUCCUCCCAUGUCAUUUCAAUGUGUCUUAACAUAAUAAAAGUUGGAAUUUAUCUCCAAAAUUGGUCACAUGUUAUCAAUUACAUAAUUAAAGCUGAAUCUACUCCGGACUAUACAGAAAACUCUGAACUCCAGACAACAUACAGUUCUACUCUUAAGUGCAUGACUGGUUUAGCUGAAUUAGCUGGUCGUAAAUACAAAUUAGCUGCUCAAAAUUUCUUAAAAACAAAUCUUGAUUAUUGGGAUUCUUGUGACGUAAUGACACCUAAUGAUAUUGCAAUUUAUGGAGGACUUUGCGCAUUAGCUACUUUUAACCGUUUAGAACUUCAAAAUAGUGUAAUUUGUAACAACUCAUUCAAAUUAUUCCUUGAACUAGAACCCGAAGUACGUGAUGCUAUUUUCAAGUUUUAUGAAUCCAAGUAUGAAGUCUGUUUAACAAUUUUGAACAAAAUAAAACCAAUUUUACUCCUUGAUAUGUACAUUGGAUCUCACAUAAACCAGCUCUACUCUAAUAUAAGAAGCAAAGCAAUGAUUCAAUAUUUCUGUCCAUACGACUCUGCUGACUUGAGAAAAAUGGCAUUAUGUUUCAAUACGCCAUUGCCUGAUUUGGAGAAUGAACUUAUGCAAUUAAUUUUAGAUGGACACAUCAAGGCUCGUAUUGACUCUAUUAAUAAAAUCCUUUACGCUAAGCAUCCAAAUCAAAGAGUAGAAACAUUUGAGAAAGCCAUGUCUAUGGCUCAACAAUACAGUAGAUACAUGCACAUUCUAAUACUGAAAAGUCAAAUGAUCAAACACCAGUUGAAUUCAAAACUCAGUAAAGUUGAACGUCUUAACAAUAUUGGGAAAACUAUAAAUGUAGAUUUUGUAAAAAUAUCUGGAUAAAAAAUUGUUUACAUCUUAUAAUUAUCAUAAAUGAAAUAAUUGGAUUGUAUAAUAUUUUUUUCAUUAAACAUAACAAACUUCUUACACAAAUAUUGUUUUUAUCAAUAAUUGUAUUUUUGUAAAUUAAUUAUUUCACAAAGCAAUAUUAUUGAUGUAAUAUGUA